AUGUCAUCUGGGCUGGGUACCCACUUUUCCAGCCCAUGGAAACCUAGAGACAAGUGGAAAACCCAGGUGCUUGUUGAAGUGCUAGGUCAGAAGGCUAAACAACAUCAGUUGCUUGCCAAGAUGGCAAGUCUACUUGCCAGUUCAGCGACUCAGAAGCCUGAAGAAACUCCACCUGUCCUGCCAGAGACAGAAAUGGAUACUGUGGUUCUCAAGGACAAUGCUAACAAUGCUUGGGAAGAUGUCCCUGAACCUCAGGACAAUUGCUCUCCCCAAUCUCCUUCACAAUCCACACCAAGUCGUUGUACCCAGCCUGAUCUCACAUCUACUCGCUUGUAUGACAGCUGGAAAGCUCUUAUUCCUACACUAGUUGAGAUCCAACUAGACUACACUGCAUGGACACUAGAUUUCAUCUCCAUUGAUGCAAUGAGCUGUAGAUGUGCAAACUUAGCACAGACACUCGUUUUCCAUGGCUUAUUCCCUACUGCACCCUCCCAGCCCUGA